AUGGCUGCAAAUCCACCAGAAGAAGUCACUUUCCUACAAGAAGAGCAAGUGGAUCUCUCCAGCGGUGUUUCUAUGAAGGUCCUGUGGAGCAAUUCUUCUAAGGCUAACAACAAGAAAGGUCCUCAAUUGCCACCACUUAUUUUCCUCCAUGGAUCAUUUCAUGGUGCUUGGUGUUGGUCUGAACGCUUCUUUCCCUACUUUGUGAGUCUUGGAUAUCAUGUCGCUGCUUUGAAUUGGCGUGGAACAGGAGGUACAUUUGCGGGAGAAGGAGUCAAAAAGGUCAAAAUGGAAGAACACGUGCAAGAUUUGAAGGCCUUCUUGGAGGAAUUCGUCCCAUCCAAGCUACAAUCAACAGAACUGAAACCCAUUCUCAUUAGCCACUCCUUUGGCGGACUCAGCAUCAUGAAGUAUCUGGAGAAAUAUCCCGACAAGCUACAGGAUAUUGGUGGAGCAGUAAUCAUGUGCAGCGUGCCCCCUAGUGGGAAUGGUCGCAUGACAAUGCGAUUUCUGCGGCGUUCCUUGCGAGCAAGCUGGAAGAUUACAGCUGGUUUGGCCAUGAAAAAAGUAAUCAAGGACCCGGCUCUUUGUCGAGAGCUUUUUUUUGGAGGUGCCGGCAAUGAUGAUAGCGGAGUAUCCGACAAUGAUGUCAUUCGCUACAUGGGCUACUUUCAUCGGGAUUCAGAAGCCACCAUCGAUUUGAUGGAUUUAGCCAAGAGACUCCCCUCUGCUCAGAUCGAUGAUGACGGAAAAGCUCUGUUCUUGUCGUCACCAGCAGCGUCCAAUGGGCACCCUCCAUUCCUGGUUGUUGGGGCGACAGAGGACUUUAUAGUGGAUCAAGAAGGUGUGGAUGAAACAGCAAAGUACUUUGGCCUGGAAGGUCCAGUCAUGGUGGACUCUCCCCAUGAUGUCAUGCUGGGAAAGAAGUAUCAAAAUGCAGCAGAGGUGAUCCAUCAAUUUGUGGAAGAAAAAGUGUUGUGA